GGAGAUUUUAAUAAUAAAACAUACAGCUACAAAGACGAAGAAUACUGCGUACUAUCCAUGCCAUCAGACGAUGUCUAUAAGAUCACAAUGACUAGACAACCAGACAAUCGUAUAGAAAGGGACUUUUUGGAUCUGGGUCUUUCAAAGGCAUUGGAUGACGUAGAAGCACAUUGGAGAGCCAGGCGUAAUGAACUUUACCCGGCUGCAUCACUCAUUUUGACUGGAAACGGUUUGAAAUUUUUCAGCAACGGCUUAGUACUCGAUAAGGCAUUAGAUGAUAAAAUGUUCUUCGCCGGUGUCUUAGACCCUUUCAUUCUCCGUCUAUCGAGCUUCCCUUUACCUACGAUCGCAGCAGUCAAUGGACAUGCAUUCGCUAUGGGAUUCGUUUUAGCGCUCUGUUGUGACUACCUUGUAGGGAAAAAGAACGGUAGAGGUUGGUUCUGUAUGAAUGAGAAUGAGUUCGCUUCUACGAUUCCACCUGGAAUGCUCAAUGUACUUUCACGUCGUUUGAACAACUGGAAACUCAUCAGAGAGACAAUCUUGGAUUGCAAACGCUGGACUCCGCCGCAACUGCACGAGAUUGGAUUGGUUGAUGUACUCUGCUCUGAGAAUGAGUUGGAGAGCGAAUCAAUAAAGCUCGGAAAGAGUGUAGGCAAGUACGCUCAGAAAGGUAGUUACGGUCUACUUAAGCAUAACUACUGCACGCUUUAGAAGGUGAAAGGAUGAUUUAUUUUGUAUAUUCAAGUCAACUUGUAAACGUAAAUUGUACUUUAUCUAAACUCAUUAUAUUUCACUCUUAUCAUUUCUACCGUCAUAUUGCACAGUCAUGA